AGCGAGAGUCCAGAGAAGGGUUGGUUGCUGAAACUUGAACAUGGGCAAACAAAAUGACUACAAGAUGGGAAACUCUGAGAAAAACGCUGGGAAGCAGACGGUCACAGCCUGCCUCUUCAGCGCAGCCUUCUUCGGUGCCCUGGGCUCAUCUUUCCUUUACGGCUACAACCUCUCUGUGGUCAAUGCUCCUGCUGUGUACAUUAAAGCUUUCUACAAUAAGACGUGGACUGAGCGGUAUGGGGAGCCUAUUCCAGCGGAGACAGUCACCCUCUUCUGGUCCAUCACAGUGUCCAUAUUUUCUAUUGGAGGCCUCGUCGGGGCUCUGUCAGCCUCUUCAAUUCUCAAAGCAUUUGGAAGAAAGGGAACCUUGCUGCUGAAUAACAUCUUUGCUAUAAUAGCUGCUCUGAUGCUGUCGUUGGGGGAGAAGUCAAGAUCUUUUGAGAUGCUCAUCAUUGGCCGGCUCAUUAUGGGGGUGGACUCUGGUAUAGCUCUCAGUGCCCUCCCCAUGUACCUGGGAGAAAUUUCCCCGAGACACAUCAGAGGCUCCAUUGGCCAGUUUAACUCCAUCCUGAUCUGCUUGGGAGUGUUCACAGGACAAGUGCUGGGGCUGCCUGAGCUGCUGGGUCAGGAGUCUAGGUGGAACUAUCUCUUUUCUUUCCUGGCGCUGCCGGCAGUGCUGCAGCUGUGCGUGCUGCCCUUCCUCCCCGAGAGUCCUCGCUACCUGCUGAUGGAGAAGAGAGAUGAAGCCGGAGCAGAAAAAGCCUUUCAGAGGUUUUUAGGGAAGAAAGACGUGUCCCGGGAGCUGGAAGAGGUCCACGUGGAGACUCGAGCUCAGGACAAUCUGUACAUCGUCUCUGUGUUCCAGCUGCUGAAGAACCCAGCUGUGCGCUGGCAGCUCAUCACAGUCAUCGUCACCAUGGCCUGUUAUCAGCUCUGUGGCCUCAAUGCCCUCUGGUACUACACCAAUGGGAUCCUUCGGGAAGCGGGCUUUGCGGAGAACUUAAUCCCCUACAUCACACUGAGCACAGGGGCUAUAGAGACUCUGGCUGCCAUCAUCUCGGGUUUGGUGAUUGAACGGAUUGGAAGGAAACCCCUCCUCAUAUUCGGUUUCUCUGCUAUGGCCGUGUGCUUCAGCCUGCUCACAGUUUUCCUCAAUUUCCAGGAUAGUGUGUCAUGGAUGCCCUACCUCAGUUACAUCUGUAUCCUGGCUGUGAUCGCAUCCUUUUGCUCUGGACCAGGCGGCAUCCCCUUUGUCCUGACCGGGGAGCUGUUUGAACAGUCCAACAGACCCGCUGCCUUCAUGAUUGCUGGCACCGUAAACUGGCUGUCCAACUUCACCGUGGGCCUCCUGUUUCCAUUCAUUCAAGAGUUGCUGCAGGCCUUUGCCUUCCUGGUGUUUGUGGGGGUGUGCACCUUGGGAUCUAUCUACCUCUACGUCGUCCUCCCCGAAACCAAAAAUAAAACGUUUAUGGACAUCAGCCAGAGCUUUGCCAAGAUUAACAAAAUGCCCAUCCAGUCCCCUGGCCAGGAAAUGGAGCUGGUUCUGUCCAUUAAGCCCGAUGCUAACGGAAAAACCCGAGAUGUCACGAGGACAGAGAGUUCCUUCUGAAUGAAGAAACGGCACCGACAGUAGAGAAGCACAGGGUCAAGUUAUUAAAAGAAAGUAGUUUUUGUUUUUACAUAUUUAUUUAAUGACCAUAAUCAAUGCAAUUUAAAUACAUGUUUUUUGUAUAUGUUUUGUAUGAUAGGAAUGUUUAGGAUUAUUACAGGAUUUCAGUUUACAGCAAUAAUUUGUUUCUGUCUCUUAAUAAAAUGAAGAAAACUA